AGUAUUUCGAGGAACAUGGUGGAUAACAGAUGUGAGCUACUGAAUCGCUUCCAGUUCAGUUAAGAAGUUCUAUCGAUAAAAUCAAUGCAUCGUUUGACAUUUGUGAAAACUGUUGACAUAACCGAAACGCUUAAAGGCGGUGAAGGGCGGUCCUGAGAGAGAGAGGAUCUUAUCUACACGUCAUGAAGGCUGGUCCAUCACUGAUAAGCAGUUCAGCCUCCGAUCCGAGCAUAGAUAUAAAAUGGGAACCAACGCCGACCGCUGUAUUCAGUACUCGUUUCUCGAUAACUCGUACAAGCAAUUCCAAAUUGUUCAAGAUGUUCAAGUUCUUCUUGAUCGCUGCCCUGGUGCCAGCAAUGGUCCUGGCCAACGUGAACUUCCGUCCUUGCCCAAACAAAGCUCCAACGCCCACCACCCUCAAAGUAAACGACUGCUACGCCGACAACUGUGUCCUGGUGUCCCGAAAGCCCCUGUACGCCGUGGCCAGUGGGGUUGUCAGUCGGCACAACAGCAAGACGGCCACCACCCGGCUCGUGGCCCGAUUCCUCGGUAUGGACGUGGGCUACAAACUACCGGCUGAGCUGACCAAUGCCUGUAAUGGUGGGAUUUCCGGUGGCUGCCCGGUCGUUGCCGGAAAGACAUACAAUUUCGUUCUGGCUCAUGACGUUCUGGAGAUUCCGUCCAUUAAUAUCCCUGUAGAAAUUGAAGUCAGCGUGACCGGCGACAGGGGUGUUGUACUGGGAUGCGUUCGCUUUAAUGCCAGAAUCGCGAAGAGAUGAGGGGAG